AUGUCCUUAGGAAAUCAUCUUCCGGAAGAUUUUUUCGCUAACAAUAUUAAGUUAGAAGUGGGGUGUGGGCACUCGAUUCCUUUUUGGCACGCCGCUUGGCUAGACGUAGGAAUUCUUAAACAUGUCUUUCCGGCUUUGUUUCAUGCUUCUCUUUUGCAGGACGUUGCUAUUUCCGGUAUGGGCGGAUGGGUUCUAGGCGAAUGGAAGUGGGGUGAUUUAGGAGUGCAUACCGGGGCUGUUUCGGAAGAGACAGCAGCGCUGCUCAUCCUCUUACCACUGCUGCCAGCAGCGCUUCCCAUUGGCACAGGGCCGGAUUCGCCUAAGUGGCUUCCGGCGGAAGACGGUACCUUCUCAGUUUCUUCUUGUUUUCGCGAUAUUUGCAAGAUAGCUUGUCCGUUUGGCCCAGUAAACCGUUACGAUUUCAUUUAUUCCAAUAUUUGGAAGGUGGAGGUUCCCCUUAAAGUUAAAGCCUUUGCGUGGAGAUGUUUCAAGAAUAAGAUUCCGACAAGAAAUUUGCUUUUGAAUCGUGGUGUUCCUUUAGCUUCUUCGAACCUAGUUUGUGUGUUUUGUGAAGAAACUAACGAAAGUCCUAAGCAUUUGUUGUUGGAUUGUAGGAUGGCCGAAGCGGUUUGGCAAAAUAUGGCGCUAUGGUUAGGAAUGAAUUACGAAAAACCGGUUGAAUUUAUGGAGAGUUUUUGGGUUUGGAGUAGUUUUUGCCAUAAACAAAAGGUAAGGAGAGGUAAAGAGGGAAGCAUUUGGUUGGCUAUUGGUUGGAGUCUUUGGCUUAAUAGGAAUGAUAUCAUCUUCAAAUAUUCCUCUUGCAAUUUAAAUGAUUUGGUUUGGUCUUGCAAAUUGCUUGUGUGGAGAUGGUCCCUUGUUGGGAAAAUUAAUCAUCCCAAUUGUAACUUCCAUGAGUUUUGCAACAACCCAUUGUAUUACUUAAGUUAG